UUAUAUUUUAUGGUCCUUAGAAGAAGAUAUUGAUAAAGAGGCGUUUCUAAGUAUAACUGAGACCGAGGUGUCAAGAAUAAUUACUACGAUUGGAGGGAUUCGCUGUUUUCUUGAGAAGAGGAAAUUAUUGAUGGACAGUAUUAAAUUGGUGAAUAUUGAUGAUCCAUUGGUAGUACAUAACACUUGUGAUGCGGGUGAAAGUUCUUCAACGAAUAAAUUUGAUCGAUUGGUACAUAACAAUGAUGCGGGUGAAAGUUCUUCAACGAAUAAUCAAGAAAAAAAUGAUUUAAUUUUCAUCGAGUUACCAUUCAUUUUGAAUUUUCCAAGUGACUCUGAUGUGGAAGUACGAGAAAGGGAUACAUCUAAGAGAUCACAACAAGAUAUAGAAAAAGAGAAUCGCACACCUAAAAGACUUUGUCAAUGGUUCGCAAAAACACAAUAUCAGAAUCUGAAUUUGGAAAAGAUUUUGCAAGAACAUAUAAAAGGUGACGCAAUAUUAUUUUAUUAUAAAGAACAUGGCUUUCUAAAUGCAGAAGCAAGAGGAAUUCUCUUAGAUAUCGUAGCAAAUUAUAUGCUUAAAAUAAACAAAAAGCCCUCAUCUUACGAAUUUGGAUUUGUUAGCAAAAAAAUCUGUGAAGUGUUUCCUACUGAAGCUGAAGAUACCUAUUACUAUCGGCCAUUCACAAAUGGCCCAUCUCAAAAAAAUGCUGCUGGAAAACUCGUAGAUAAGGUACGAAAUACCAAAUCGCUACUGAAAAAGUUGGGUGUUGCAUAUCCCUUGAGGCAAGAUGAUGAAAACGAUUCUGAAGAACCUGAAAGUCGAUCUUCCAUCGAAG